AUGUCAGCCCAAGGCCAUGCCUGGUCCCGACAGGUGAAGAAGGAGGAUGAAGAAGAGGACCCGCUGGACCAGCUCAUCUCCCGCUCAGGCUGUGCUGCUUCCCACUAUGCAGUGCAGGAGUGCAUGGCCCAGCACCAGGACUGGAGGCAGUGCCAGCCACAGGUGCAGGCCUUCCGGGACUGCAUGAGUGCACAGCAGGCGAGGCGGCGGGAGGAGCUGCAGAGGCUGAAGGAGCAAAGCAGCGCCCACCGCUGA